ACAACCACAAAACCAGGUGGUAUUGUGUGGCCUACGAAUCCUCCGAUCAGUCCAAACGAUCCACGUUUCAAUCAAUUCGCUCAAGCAGCAUCGCUACUUCGUGAAAUGGGUAACUUCACGGUAGAUCCAUGCAAAGAUUUCUAUCAAUUCACAUGCGGUGCGAUGACGCAGCUAUCCAGUUUCUCGAAAGCCUACAACAACAGUCUUUACAUAAUGGCUGAGAAAAUCACCGAUCCUGGAUAUAGAAACUCGAACGUGCCAAAGCCAGUCAAACAACUUUUUGAAUUCUACGACACAUGUAUGAAUGCACUCAGCGACUGGGAUGCUGUCAUUGAUAGCGGUAAUUAUGUCAAAUCCAAGCUGUCACAAUUCAAAGAUGCAACCAACCUGCCAUUUCCACUUCUCAGUCAACAUCUACCCGAUCCACCGAUGCCAAACGCCACCGUCCUGUCGAAGGCAAUCGGCUACUUGGACGGUGCUCUUGGAACGAGUACUCUGAUAUCAUCAUUCAUUGACACGAACUGGAAGGAUCCGCACAGUACUCAAGGCUAUGCGUUAUACAUUGAUCAAAGUUCAUUAAGUUUGCCGUUAUCGUAUUAUAUAAAAGCAUGGGACCUAUACAAGGAAUGGUACCGUAAAAGAAUGCUCUUUUGGAUGAAAUAUCUGCAGCAGGGAUUGAAUGAAGCAAAACUGGAAGCGGAUGUGGAUAGCAUGAUAGCGCUCGAAUUGGAUAUCGCAUGGAAUCUAAGUACAGAUGAUGCAACUCGCCGUAAUUAUGCACGUUCCUACAACCUUUAUUCAACCGAGAAGGCAUCACAAAUGUAUCCCUUCAUCGAUUGGCCUUUAUAUCUGAACCAAAUAGCCAUCAAUGCACCCGCUGACGUGCAAAUGAAGAUGAGCAAGCCAGAUUUCGAGUUUCUCAUUAUGGAACCAAGAAUGCUAACUAAGCUAGGCGAGUAUCUAUCAACUGGCAAGUUUAAACCUCGAACGAUCGUCAAUUACUUGAACUACCGCAUUGUUGAUACAUUCCAAAGUUAUAUGCCACAUAUGUCUCAAGCCGAGCAAUAUAAAUCAAUUCUUGAAUUUGAUGUGAGUGCAAAGAAACGACGACCGAGAAGUAUCGUCAUGCCUCGACCAGACCUGAAGCUAUUGACUAGGAAUGACUUGCGCUGUGCAUCUAGAUCGAUCAGCGCCAUGCAAUACGCAAAUGCACGUAUGUAUAUCGACGCCAUAUUUCCAUCCCCGAAUAAACGCGAGCAGUUCCGUCAGAAGUUCGCAGCUUUCAUGGAGAGCGUACUGAUAGGAUUUCGAAGUAUGAUUGAUCAGUUGUCUUGGAUGAGUUUCAAGUCGAAGCGGGGUGCAUACAAUAAAAUCGACGAUCUCACCAAAAAUAUUGCAUUCCCUGAUUUUAUCAACAACGAUAGUUUGUUGACGAAAUAUUACGCAGAACUGGACAUUCAAGCCGGAGAAUCUUAUACGACCAUGCAAGAGAAGUUAUAUAAAUUCAAUGUUUACACUUCAUAUGCUAAACUCACAGCCGGUCAAACUAAGCGUAACGAUUUCAAUGGAGAGCCAGGAACUGUGAACGCCUGGUACCAGCCCGAGAUGAAUUCGAUUACAUUCCCAGCUGGUAUCUUACAACAGCCCUUCUACGAUCCCAACUGGCCCGCUUCACUGAAUUACGGAUCAAUGGGAGUGGUUGUGGGACACGAGUUAACUCAUGGAUUUGAUGAUGAAGGUGUACAGUGGGAUGGCACUGGCGUACUCUAUCAAUGGAUGGAUGAAAAAUCGUACACUUCGUUCGAGAGAAUGGCACAAUGUGUGAUCAGUGAAUACGGACACUUCUGCCCUCUUCCGAACUCAUAUAAACCACGUUGUUUGGACGGAUCGAACACACAAGGCGAAAAUAUCGCAGAUAAUGGAGGGAUACAUGCGGCAUAUCGUGCCUUCAAGGUGCAUCAAAAUAUGAACGGACCUGACCCGUCAUUCGAUGACGCGAUCAUGCGACAGUUCACUCCAGAUCAGUUAUUCUUCAUGGGAUUUGCGCAAGUUUGGUGCGAAACACCGCCGACUGACGAAGACAUUUUGCAACAGAUCCUCACUGAUCCGCACAGUCCAUCAUUGUAUCGAGUCUUCGGCACCAUCCAAAACUUCCCAGCCUUUCGAGCCGCCUUCAAAUGCCCCGUCGAUUCGGCAUAUUCACCUGAAAACCAUUGUGAUGUUUGGGUGACACCUGUUGAAGGAUCUUACGGCAUGCCGACCCAACCGAGUCAAAGAAACGAGCUGAAUAUUGCAUCAGCACCAGAAGUUUCACCAGCACAAAUGACAGAGCAUAAGGCAUUCUCUGAAUCCGUUUCAUUGUUCAAAGCGUCGAUGAAUUUAACUGCAAAUCCAUGCGAUAAUUUCUAUGAAUACGUUUGUGGCAACUACGAUGAACUGCUGAGUUUUCGAAAGGGUCGAUUAUUCAACUACCAUGCAAUGAGUCAACAAAUGGAAUUACCGAUCUAUGAACAGCCACAGACACCGACCGCACUGAAGAAGAUAAUUCAAUUCUAUAAAAAAUGCAAAACAGUUAGAGCAGAUUUUGAUCAUUACAUCAGCGAUGGUUCAGUGGUAACAAAUGCACUCAACGCAUUUGCUGUCAGAACUGGACUGAAAUUCUCAAUGGUCGACAGUCAAUCGUCACAAACAGCUCAGAGUUUGGACAGUAGAACAUUAGCGAAGGCCGUUGGUUACCUGAGUUCACAAGGCAUUGACACAUUGAUCAGCACACUGGUUGACACCAACUGGACACAUCCUCAGCAUUACAGUUUCUUCUCGGAUCAGAACGUUCUCUACUAUGCCAAGACGUAUUACACGCCCGUCGCAUGGCCUUCAACCCAUACAUCUUACAAGCAGAACACGAUCGAUCUUUUCAAUCAUUACGCUGCUCUUAAAAAGGUGUCUCUUGAUCAGAACAAGCUGAGUAGCGAUGUGGAUGCGUUGUUGGAUUUCGAAAGAGUUCUCGCUCAGAAAUACAGUACAGACGACACAACCCGCCGGCAAUACGAACGUUCUUAUAAUCCGUACACCGUUCAAAAUGCUACCGAAACGUUUGGAUUCAUCGAUUUCGCGACUUAUUUCGAAUACCUUUCAAGCACUUACCAGGAACUUGAUGCCUACUUUAAAGUGCCGGAUCGUCUUUUCCUGGUGAUGGAACCGAAAAUGGUUCUUAAAUUAAGUAAUGACUUCAAAAAUUUCGACUCAAAUAUGGUUGCCAACUACUUCUUCUAUAGAAUACUAGCUGAAAAUAGCGAAUACCUGCCAAGACCAACCGGCUAUGUGGCUAAACCGAUAGUAUCGGACCAAACAAUACUUGGAAGACAGCGAAGAGGCACCACAUUCAAGAAGGCCGUAACAAAAGCAUUGUACGACGACCCGAGCGUGGAGUGUGCGUACGAAACGUUGAACUUGAUGCAGUAUGCGAAUGCAAGAAUAUUUGUGGACUAUUCUUAUCCGAAUGAUCGUGCAGUUGCACGCAUUCGAUCACAGGCUGGAUGGAUGAUUGAGAAUAUUUUGCUGUCGAUGCGAGACAUGCUGAAUAGGUUGAAUUGGAUGGAUGAUAAAUCGAAAGACGGUGCGUACGAGAAAAUCUCUGAUUUAGUGAAGAACAUCGCAUUCCCGGACUUUAUCAUGAAUAAAACUCAACUUGAUGCUUAUUACGAGAAAUUGGUGUUUAAUAAUGGUGAUACGUAUUUUGACAUGAUCAAAAAAGCGGAUGAUUUCAAUUUCUUAUUGCUCUAUGAAAAUCUCGUAAGCGAUGCGACUGUGGAUCGACACGACUUCGGUGGACCACCAGGAACUGUCAACGCAUGGUACUACCCAGAAUAUAACUCAAUAACGUUCCCGGCUGGCAUCCUUCAUCAACCGUUCUUCGACGAGCACUGGCCAGCAUCAAUGAACUUCGGUGGUCUUGGUGUUGUAGCAGGUCAUGAGCUGACGCAUGGUUUCGACGAUGAGGGUGUUCAGUGGAAUGGUGUCGGGAAAUUAGUAGACUGGAUGACACCACAAUCAAUGGCUGGUUUCAACAAGAUGGCGCAGUGUGUGGUUAAUGAAUACAACGGGUUCUGUCCCUUGCGCGGAACUGGUAAAGUACCCGACUGUGUUAAUGGUGAACAAACGCAGGGUGAAAAUAUCGCUGAUAACGGAGGAAUACAUGCAGCGUGGCGUGCCUAUCAAGAUUACGUUUCACAGUAUGGACCCGACCCUCAACUCCCUGAUCCUGUCUUCAAGGCAUUCACCCAAGAUCAGCUCUUCUUCAUGGCCUUCGCACAAGUCUGGUGUGAAAAACCAAGACCGCUUAACGCCCAAUACACUCAAAUCAUGACAGAUCCGCACAGCCCAGCCAAAUACCGUGUUUUUGGUACCGUACAAAAUUUCCCCGCUUUCCGAACCGCAUUCAAUUGCCCACUUGGAUCAUCCUAUGCACCACGAGAUCAUUGCUCUGUUUGGGUUCCCGAGGUGAGCAUACUUCAUUCAACGCAUUGUUCCUCUUCAUUGAGGUGA